UUUUUCCUGUCUUUCUCUCUUUUCGUGGCAGGAGUCAGUCCUUCACCGGGCUGCUUGUUCUGGGGGACCCAGCUGGAGUAUGAGAGCAUCACAACACAAGUGGAUCGGAGGAAGGGAGGCGAGGUGCCUGAAACAGGUCAGAAGCAUGGGGUGAAGGGGGCUCUCCUCAGCUGACCUGAAGGCCGAUGACCAGUGAUGGCCACAGCAUCACCUCCAUUUUUGAAGGACGGUGUGAUAAAUACAGAACAUCAACAACAGGAGCAAAAGCAGCAGGAGUUCCUGAGGUCACUGGAGAACAUCCUGCUCACCAUUGCGCUGUCCGUCAUUAUCAUCAUGACGGUGUUCGGCAACCUGCUGGUCAUGGUGGCGCUAUGCAAGGAUCGACAUCUACGGAAGAAAAAGACCAACUACUUCAUUGUGUCACUGGCCUUUGCUGACUUGUUGGUGGCGCUGGUGGUGAUGCCCUUUGCAGCCAUCGAGCUGACCACCGGUGUGUGGAAAUACGGCGAGAUUUUCUGUCUGGUGCGAACGUCGUUGGACGUCCUGUUGACCACCGCAUCCAUCCUGCAUCUGUGCUGCAUUGCACUGGAUAGGUAUUACGCUAUCUGCUGCCAGCCUCUCGUGUACAGACACAAGAUGACCCCUCUCCGAGUGGCGGUGAUGCUCAGUGGCUGCUGGCUCAUCCCCACGUUCAUUUCCUUCCUACCCAUCAUGCAAAGCUGGAACGCCAUUGGCAUCGAGGAUAUAAUAAAAGAGAGGCGGACGUCACCAGGUGGCUCCAAUGACACGAGCUGCGUCUUUCUGGUCAAUCGGCCGUACGCGCUCAUCUGCUCCACGGUGGCCUUCUACGUUCCGCUGGCCCUUAUGGUCCUGGCCUACCAACGCAUCUACGUGACUGCCAUGAGCCACGUGCGACAGAUUGAGACCCUAAAACGUGCCGGCUCCGCUCCAGUCACCAGGACGGCGGCCCCCACAGUCACCGCGAGGUCGUCGACGUGCUCGGACUCGGAGGACCACUGCCACCUCAGGACAGCGGGGGAACUCUCCUUCCCAGAGGCGGCUCCUUUAGCCAACAGCCGCUUGCACAUUGAGACAAAGGCGGCAAAGACACUUGCAGUCAUAAUGGGCUGUUUCUGCCUUUGCUGGGCACCGUUCUUCAUCACCAAUGUGGUGGACCCCUUCAUCCACUACUCUGUGCCCUGGCAGCUGUGGACAGCAUGGUUGUGGCUAGGCUACAUUAACUCCGGCCUUAAUCCAUUCCUGUACGCCUUCCUGAACCGAGCUUUUCGGAGGGCCUUUCUAGUCAUUCUUUGUUGUGGGGAUGAGCGCUUUGUACGGCAGGGGAGCCGCUCCUACGGACCUACCCACAGAGUGUGCUCGCCAACAUCCGUCAAUGGGACGUCCAUGGCACUGAGAUUGUCCUUCUUGCCAAAUCGAAGCUACUGUGACAACCGAAGAACCAUACUGUCCAACGAGCAGGAGUCCCAGGACUCCCUUGGACCUCUAUGAGGAAGACUUCUCCAGUUGAAGGCUUGCUGCGAUGCCAAGUUUCCUCUGUGACAUCAACUGCUGUCAACUGAUCUAAUUGUACCGUAGUGGUCAGUGAUGACAUCAUACCUGGAUAUUUAAUGAGCUCAUGUACGCUGGUGGACAUUCCAGUUAUUAAAGCAACAUCUGGACGACAGGAUGUAAAGGCUGCAAGGUGCUUCAUUGUUUUUAUAUAAUUUUCAUAAGAGCCAACUGUGGGUCCAAUUGAAUUAAAGCUCAGUCUCUGCUUCAUUCAUCAUCAUUUAGUGUUUUUAAUUGGCCUCAAAUGAUGCCACCAAGCUCCUUGUUGGAAGUAUGGAAGUGUUUCCACUUUUUCAGAUUGACUCUCAACAUAAACGCAUCAACACGCACAACAUUAAUUAACCUGGAUCAUUUCCUGCAUGAAUACAAUAAUGUUGCAGUGUUUGGUUUAUUAUACUGUAACAGGUCAUUUUCUAUUGUUUUUAUUUCUUAUGUCGUGAAAAUAUUUAUGACUAGAUAAUAAGUUCAUGUUUAUUUGUGUUUAUUUUGAUAGCAGAAGCGUCCCUCCUGCAUCAGGAAAAGGCACCACCUGCAAAAAGAAAUGGAUCUUAAAAUAAGACGCAUAAUAAAAUGCUGACAAUUGAAUCAAAAUUUCAUUAUAUCCCGCCUAUCAUAUGUCAAAAAACAAUUUUUUCAUUCAUUCAUUACGUUCUCUUGUUCGGACUAUACAACAGGCGAAUUUUACCUAAAUUAUUUUGUUAAUAUACAUUUUAUUUACAUUUAUUUGAUUUUUGGUAUCUAGUAUUGGAGGCCAGAAUGUGAUUUAAAUACAGUAACUGAAGUAUAGCACAAGUGAUUUCCUAUGAACAGCCAUGCAUCCAUUUUCUACAUCACUUGUCCUCAUUAGGCUUGCGGAUGAGCUGGAGUUUAUCCCAGCGGAUUUUGAAUGAGAGACAGGUUACGUCUUGGACUAGUCACCAGCCAAUCACAGAGCACAUGUAGACAAAUAAACAUUAACGUUCACACCUAUGAACAAUUUAGAGGAAGUCUAUAGGUGCUUGAUGGAUGGAUGGAUGGAUGGAUGGAUGGAUGGAUGGAUGAAAUAUGAGCUGAUAAGGAAGUUAUACAGAGGAAGAGGGAUGGAUGGAUGGAACUUAUGUGGCAAAAUUCUGAGUAAUUUUUGUGCGCCUUCACAUUUAAGUGGGUCCCAUUAUGCAGUGACAGUUUGGCUUAAGAGGUUCUAUAAAGGUAAAGCAUUUAAUAUUUACAAAAUUGCCAAUACUUUAUUACAAGCACAUAUUUACCUUUGUGUUGCUAAUGUUAAUGUAACUUGGUGAACUCCAUUUUAGAGGUGCAUUGUCUUACUUUGUACCACUAGAGGGCAGAUAGGCAAAACAUUAAGUCAACUUCCAGAAUCUCAUGAGAGCCAAUGCAAAUUUAAAAAAUCCCCAAAAAAUCUGAUAAUAUCAAAGAGGUAUUAAUGUUACAUUGUUUAUUAUUGUGCUUGCAUUCAAACUGUAUCAAAAAGCUGGUUCUAAUAUCAUGACCUCCCCCUCUUGAGCAGCUACAUAAUAAUAGUAGGAUAAUAUAUAUAUAUAUAUAUAUAUAUAUAUAUAUGCCUGCGUGGGUUUUCGCCGGGCACUUCGGUUUCCUCCCACAUCCCAAAAACAUGCAUUAAUUGGGGACUCUAAAUUGCCCGUAGGCAUGACUGUGAGUGCGAAUGGUUGUUUGUUUCUAUGUGCCCUGCGAUUGGCUGGCAACCAGUUCAGGGUGUACCCCGCCUCCUGCCCGAUGACAGCUGGGAUAGGCUCCAGCACGCCCGCGACCCUAGUGAGGAGAAGCGGCUCAGAAAAUGGAUGGAUGGAUUGAUAUAUGUAUAUAUAUAUAUACACAUGUUGUUUAUUUGUUUUUUGAAAGGUUACAUAAAAACAACAGAUUUUAGCCAAAGGAGGAGUGAAGAAUUGAUUGUGUUGGUCUUCCUCCUGAUCAAGUUGCAGAGCCUUUUCACUUUUGUUUACAUUUUCUUAUAUUUGUCUCUGGAAGACACAUGUACAUAAGUGUUAUAAUUCAGGCAUAUGAAAAAAAAAGGCAAAGGCUUGGCGGAGGACUGCAACCAAGUUAUUGCCAUUCUUGUAAUCUUUGUAACGACACGUUUUGAAAACCACUUUUUCUGGACCUCAUUCUGUUUUGGUUGUUCACAGCAACUUUGUAUAUUAGGUUGCCCAUCCUCUCUUCUUAUGUAUUUUGUCAUAUACUCUACUCUACCUUUCCCUACAUGAGUGGAAACAAUAGAGUAAUGUAGGCUACUACAAAUGGCAGACAAAUGUCUUGUCUGCAACGUUCGCCGUCUAUUGCUUGUGGUGGA